AUGUGGAACAUCUUCCGCUACCUGGGAGACAUCUCCCACAUCCUCUCCAAGCUCAUCCUGAUCCUCUCAAUUCAUCGCAACCGCUCGGCUGAGGGCGUCAGUCUCAUCACGCAGCUCCUCUACGGCCUCGUCUUCUGCACGCGCUACCUCGACCUCUUUGACAGCAGCAAGCCCCAUCCAGCAUGGAAUGUCAUUUUCAAGACAUUUUACAUCAUCUCGAGCUUCUACAUCCUGGGCGUGAUGCAGUGGAUGUUCCCCCGCACAAGGGAGCGCGAGGUGGCAUGGAAGCUGGGCGCCGUGGUGCUGGGAGGCUCGCUGGUGCUGAGUCCCUUUGCCAUGCUCAUCAUUGAACAGAAGGAGUUCUGGGGCUUUGUACACUGGCUCUGGGUUUUCUCCGAGAUCCUCGAGUCCGUCUGCGUGCUGCCCCAGCUUCUGCUGCUGCGCCAGACUACUGUCCCCACCGUCAUUGACUCAUUCUACCUCUUGACCCUGGGGUCGUACCGUGCUCUGUACUGCUUCAACUGGCUUGUUCGCAAGCUCGACUCGACUGACCCUGGCCCGGACACAGUCUCUGUUAUCUUCGGAAUCAUCCAGACCGCUCUGUACAUUGACUUUGCCUGGGUGUACUACACGCGCCAGCGUGUCAAGCUCAGGGGCGGCGGUGUUGUGGACGCUGAUGACCUGCGCAACUCCUGGCUCCUGCGCCGCAUCUUCGGACGGUUCGCCCCGAGGCACAGCAAUAUGGAUGAUGAAGAUGAGGAGAGUGGCCCCGCGCUGGGUGGCGGCCGCAACGGAAGCCGUCCGGCCUGGGGCUCUAGGGGCAUCUCCGUGAGCGCUGACGACGGCGUCUUCGAUGCGGACAGAGAUGGUCAAGAGGAGGGUGUCACAUCCGGACCCGUGGAUCCGGAUGCCAGGAUGAAGGACCCAGAUGAACUGGCUCGGGCCAUGGAAGAUGAUGACGAGGAAGAUAAUGGUGCCUCUGGGUCGAGUAAGCCGUACCGCGACGAGGCUGGCGUCGAGGCUAGCGGCGCGGGUGGCAUCAGGAACGACGAAUGGAGGGAUUGA